ACAGCACAAACUAAUCUUGGACCAGCUGUGCCGUGCUCACGUGACAUCAUUCUUCUGCGACUCUACCGGAAGAGACGUGGCAAAAUGUCAGCAUCUGAAAACGUUCACAUUUUCUAGAUUUAGCUGACCAAGUUGGUAGAGCGGAACAUCAGUAUUUUUACAACCCUUCCUUCAUACGAAAAAGCAUCAAGGAGAAAGUUUGUGUAACAGUACUACAGACAGACCAUGGGUCUGUGCAAGUGUCCUAAGAGGAAGGUGACCAACCUGUUCUGCUUUGAACAUCGGGUGAAUGUUUGUGAGCAUUGCCUGGUCUCCAACCACAACAAGUGUAUAGUGCAGUCCUACCUCCAGUGGCUUCAGGAUAGUGAUUACAGCCCUAACUGUCGACUGUGUAAUAACCCACUGAUCUCCCAGGAUACUGUCAGAUUGGUCUGCUAUGAUGUAUUCCACUGGGCCUGUCUUCAUGACCUGGCAGCCCGGUUGCCCCUACACACUGCUCCUGCAGGAUACCAGUGCCCCAGCUGCCAGGGUCCAGUGUUUCCCCCCUCCAACCUGGCCAGCCCAAUAGCUGACAUGCUGAGGGAACAGCUCUCCUUAGUCAACUGGGCAAGAGCUGGACUAGGCCUACCUCUGAUUGAUGAACCUGUAGAAGCUAUUCAAGACAGCACACAUGAUGUCACUGAUUAUGCUGACUGGUCCACAUUUGAUGCCCCAGCAUUGGAGACCACUGAAGCUUACCCCACCCACUCCUACACCCCCAGCCCGGCCCCUAGUCUAGUUCCACCUCCAGUACAGGAAGAUCAUGGAAAUCUCGACAACAACGGGGGGAUGGUAGCACAAGAACAACACUCUGGGGUCAACAUGAUCACUGCAACCUCCAGUGACACAAUCACCCUACACACAGCAUCAACCCCAAGGAAAGUCUAUGACACACGGGACACUGGUCCCAGCUCUAGUUACAGCGCUGGACACAGCUCUGUGACACAGAUCGACUUUGACGACGACAAGUACCGGCGACGACCAGCACUCAGCUGGUUUGCACAGAUUCUCAAAAACCGGACGGGUUCAAAGAGGACAGGCCUGUCCUGGAAACAGAGGGUCUUCAUGCUCCUUCUGGUUGGAGUUCUGGGAUUCUUUACCUUGAUUAUCAUUAUGGCUAAACUGGGCCGUGCUUCAGCUGACUCCGACCCCAACUUAGACCCCCUACUAAACCCCAACAUCCGAGUGGGCAAAAACUGACCAGCACCCAACUCCGUGUCCUGGUGAGUGUUGAACAUGGGGCCGAUCUAAGUCCAUCUAAGAUGGUGGGACCAGUAGAGGCAGAGAGGCACCUUCUCUCUCGGAUAACAAAGAAGAGGACAGGAUGAUGCGUUUUUUCCCUGCAAAUGAUAACAACCUUAUACCCUUUUCCCCUCUUUGGGAUAGGCAGGUGCAAAUUUCCUAUUCAUCUACUACUAAGAACUAAUGGGCUAUAUAACCUGUGUGUGUGUGUGUGAACACAUUAAAUUAUUUACAUUGCUUUUAGAGCUAUAUGUCAAAUUUAAUAUAUUUUGACCCACUGUACAUUUAAAGUAACUGUCCAGUGAAAAUCUCACCAAGUUCAUACUCUAUUUAACUUUUACCCAAAUAAUGUUGUUGACUCAUCCUAUACUCAUAUUUGUGGCCAAAGCAUAAAUUGUAAUUGUAAUUUGUUAAUCCAACACAAACUGAACUCAAACAGGCCGUUUAAAAAAUGCUGACUAUAUACUCAGAGAGGACGAUGUCAUCCUGAGGAUGAGCUGGUCAAUCAGCGCUUUACUCGCAUUAAUAUUCUUUCUUCUUCUUUUUUUUUUGGAAGGAAGGAACUAUUUCACUCCUAUUGUAAUUAGUUCUAGAUCAUAUUUAAUAUAAAUCUGGGAACACUGGACAGUUACUUUAAAUGAGAUUGCAGUGAUGGUAAUAAAGGUGAUGGGAAAACAGAAAUACUGUUCUAUUAGAUAUGGCACACAAAUAUGGCUUGUUGCAACAUCUGCUAAAAACAAAGGUAUUUUUGGAGUGGGCAUCAAUAACAGUUGUUCAAGUUACUUGAGUGAGUGUGAGGUUUGUGUUGAACUGGAAGAAUGCUGUGUCUGACAUGCACAUACUGUUUUUGAAUGUUGAUUAAGUCUUAAUGUAUGUAAAUAUAGAAAUUGAAUGAAUUACGGUGAAUUUUGUGUUGAACUGGAAUAAAUGAUUCUAACCGAUUGUCUCCCAAAUUCUGAAUGCAAUAUAAAUUGUAAUCUUUGGACAAAGAAAAUGUAGAACGGAUAGUCUGAGGAUAUUAAAAUUGAGUGGUUGUUAACCCAAGGGACAUUGUUCAUCUUGGUAUAGCAUUAAAAUGUCAUAGUGUUCUGAAAUCCACAAGUGCCCUGUGCCCCAACCUGGUCUGAGUACUUUUCUGUAUGUAAAUCCGAGAAACUCCAUUUUACCAAGUUCUGUUUCAUAUGGUAUGUAUUAAUCUGUGGAUGUCCAUCACCCAUUUCAUGACAUGUUACGAAUUUGCUAAACGUAUGAUAUGUUAUGAAAUCUAGCUAGGUGGCUAACAUUAGCGCCCAUCCACCACGACCAACCACCCUACUUUCAAUUAUGCCUUAAGUAAUCAUCUGUCUUACGUAACUAUACCAUACUAAACGUAUCAUAUUAUUUUCAGGGUUGCGGAUUUACAUUCGUUAUGUUACAUAUAGUCUAUGAGACCAGGCUGUGUGCUCAGACACUGUUUGACAGAGUGGUCUACUUUCAAAGAUCCUUAACUUGCUUCUCUUGAGUUUGAAGGUGUCUGCGCAUUGCUGUGGUUCAAAUUUGGUUGUAUAUUUGGACAUUCUUUGACCAUUUUAACUUGCCAUUUACAAAAACAAAAUGUGUUCGUGGGUAGGUGUGUUGCUAGGACCUCUCUUUUGAAAUCAUUGUGUUUGAGAAGUCCCAUUUUAUGUAUUUAAAUCAAAUGUCAACAGUAUACCAAUAUCAAUUUGCUGUUCUUAUCUUUGCACUUUUGUGAAAAAUUACAUACUUUUUAAAAAAUAUUUGAGGAAAAAUGUCUCUUGCUGAUGCUUACUCUGCAGAAGACAGUUCUGUCAAUGUAAGAAGCUGUGUUUUUUUUAAACAUUUAUUUUGGAGUAAUGUCCUUUUGAUAAAGCUGACUUUAUCCCUUUUGAUAAAGCUGACUUUAUCCCUUUUGAUAAAGCUGACUUUAUCCCUUUUGAUAAAGCUGACUUUAUCCCUUUUGAUAAAGCUGACAACCCCAAUUUUGUUUUGCUUUUCACAUUUCUCAAUUAAAUUAUACUCUUUGUAAAGACUUAACUGUUUGAAUUGAUCUAUGAACACGUCAUAUUGUUACUUUUCACAUCAGUUUUUAAAAGAACUGAAUGGUUUGACAUAUCAUUAUCUGAGGAUGGAAAGUUGCUGACUCAUGCAAGUGUUCUGUUUCUUGAGGGGAAUGUGAUUAAUUUAUUGGUAUCUCAGAACUGCUCUGUACAAAACAGUUAAUCUGCUAAUAUUGUGGAAUAUAAAAUUACUUGCUUGAUAUGUU